UCAGUGUUUUCUUGGUGUACAAGCGGCUAGCCAACAAGCUAGCUCUGUAACGGAGUAGUUGUCGAGUCCAUAGUAUGGUCAAUAUAAGUAUUUCUUCCAUUGGAGUGCUGCUGUAGUCUUUGUGUUUACUGGUCGCUGUUGUGAGUGUCGUGUAAAGUAAGGGUAAUUAAUACAUAUCCCAUAGGUUAUUAUGGCGCAAGCCAUCUCGACGAUUUAUGUUGGCUAAUCUGCCGGGGCUUUUCCGCUGCCCGUUUGCUCCUCCUUUAGUGUUUUUUUUUUCCCUCAGCAGUUUGGAAGACAUUGAAUGAUCGGCACUGCAGCAAGUUUACAAACCAGCUCAAAUGCACCAUUGAGAGGACCGACACUGGUGUUAAUUUGUGACAUCCCGUAGGAAACCCUCUGCUUGCUACGAACUCACUAGCUAGCUAUUUAUACAUCUCUUUGUUUCCACCAUCAAAAGUGGUGAUCUCAUCAAGCCAACGUUAGACUGUCCAUGCGAAUGUGUGACAUCUACUCAAGUGUCCCGUUGUCUUUCAUGUUUGUGUUAGUUCAGUCCAGAAGACUGGAAGUUGACGGAGUCCCAGCAGGUCGUGAAAUCGAAAAGUCGGAGCGAACUCUGUCCGACGAGGACAAAUGCAAGACGACGUGUACCGAAGCGGCCAUUUGACCCAAAAUAAGUUGUCAGUCAUGUCAUCUGCAUAUUACAUGCAGUAGCCGGUGGUCUUGUCAAAAGUUACUACUGCAAGUAACAAAGUUGGAUGGAAUAGCAGGUCUAAUUGCAUGUCCUGAAGGUUUGCAUUUAUAAACGACCGGAUUUGAAGUAACGGCGCUAUGUCGGACGACAACAACGUUGACAAAUUUAUAAAGGAAACCUCCAUCUUGGAGGAGUACAACAUCAACUGGACACAGAAGCUCGGAGCCGGCAUCAGCGGACCCGUGAGGGUGUGUGUGAAGAAGUCAACACAAGAAAGAUUCGCCCUCAAAAUCCUGAUUGACCGGCCCAAAGCUCGCAAUGAGGUGAGGCUUCAUAUGAUGUGUGCAGCACACCACAACAUUGUCCAGAUAAUGGAGGUGUAUGCCAACAGUGUGCAGUUUCCACAUGAGUCCAGUCCAAGAGCAAGGCUGUUGAUCGUCAUGGAGAUGAUGGAAGGAGGUGAGCUGUUCCACAGAAUAAGUCAACACAGACACUUUACUGAGAAGAUGGCUAGCCAGGUCACAAAACAGAUAGCACAAGCGUUGGAACACUGUCACUCGCUCAACAUUGCUCAUCGAGACCUGAAGCCGGAAAACUUGCUCUUCAAGGACAAUUCACUGGAUGCUCCUGUGAAAUUGUGUGAUUUUGGCUUUGCCAAAAUAGACCAAGGCGACUUGAUGACUCCACAGUUCACUCCUUACUAUGUAGCACCUCAGGUUCUGGAGGCACAGAGGCGACACCAGAAAGAAAAGUCUGGAAUAAUACCUACCUCACCCACCCCCUACACUUAUAACAAGAGCUGUGACCUUUGGUCUUUGGGGGUCAUCAUCUACGUGAUGCUGUGCGGCUACCCGCCAUUCUAUUCGAAGCACCACAGCCGCACCAUCCCCAAGGACAUGCGCAAGAAGAUCAUGACCGGCAGCUUCGACUUCCCUGAGGAUGAGUGGAGCCAGAUCUCCGAGAUGGCCAAGGACAUAGUGCGCAAGCUACUGAAGGUGAAGCCGGAGGAGAGGCUGACCAUCGAGGGGGUGUUGGCCCACCCAUGGCUCAACUGCACAGAAGCGCUGGAUAAUGUGCUGCCCUCGGCCCAGAUGAUGAUGGAUAAGGCAGUGGUAGCUGGGAUUCAGCAGGCGCAUGCUGAGCAACUCGCCAACAUGAGGAUCCAGGACCUCAACGUCAGCCUUAAACCUCUCAACUCUGUCAACAACCCUAUCCUGAGGAAAAGGAAACUGCUUGGCACCAAGCCCAGUGAUGGGUUCUUCAUCCACGACCCAGAGAAUGGUGGAGACGACUCCAAUGUUGCUCUGGAGAAGCUCCGAGACGUCAUCGCCCAGUGUAUCCUGCCACAGGCUGGAGAGAAUGAGGAUGAGAAGCUGAACGAGGUGAUGCACGAUGCCUGGCGCUUCAACCGUGACUGCAAGCACCUCCGAGACGGACUCCAGGGCCUCAGCUGGGAUGGGAGGGCAUUUUGCGACAAGGUGGACCGCUUGAAGCUGGCUGAGAUCGUCAAACAAGCCAUUGAGGAAAAAACAAACUUACAGGAGUCUCAAUAGCAAGUGCUGAAUUUCUAUUUCCUUUUGUACUGUUUUAUUAUAUUUGUUCUUAAGCAAAUAACUGUAAAGAUACCUUUUUUCAUGUAAAUUUAAGUGCUGAAACAUUUUUUUUUUUUAAAUGGACAUGCUCAAAAAAAAAAAAAAUACUGUAAAACUGUAGAUAUAUUCAAGGAAUUGUUGGUACGAAAAGCUUUUUUUAACAAAUGACGGUGAAGAAAAGAACAGAGAAGUGUCUAUUUUUUCUUUUUUUUUAAAGGAAGGAGAGAAGGAAAAAGACAGCAAAAUUUAAUUACAGCCUGCACUGGAAAAGCAAGGGAGAUUUUUUUUUUUACAACCUGCUUGUCCAA